AUGCGCAAGGUUUCAUUAGCCACUAAGAAUCCUAAUGAAGGUACCCUGGGCCCUACGUGGGAAGGUCCGUAUGAGAUCACCAAGGUUUGCCGCCCCGGGACUUACCAACUUCGGGACCACAGGGCAAAACGUUGCCUCACCCUUGGAACGCUGACCAUCUCAAGAGCUACUACAAGUAAACAUACCUAG